AUGAAGCAGGCCCUGGCCCUGUCUCUUCUCCUUCUGGGGACAGUUUCUGCUUUGCAUCUGGAGGCCACUCACCCCCAUCUGGAGGACCCAAAGAGAGAGCCAGACCUGUGGAAGGGUGCAGAUGGUUCAAGGGAGCAGGGAGGAGAUUUGGCUCUGACCCAAGAGACAAUGCAGACGGGAGAGGAGGCUGAGGGUUCUGAACAUCAAGACAUCUUUGAAGAUGAGGAGUCCAACCCAGAUGCCUUAGACAAGCACUCAACAUGCCCCAGGGAAGAGGACACAGCUCAUUUGCAGGGAGCUCCUGGGUGCAAGAGCUGCCACUACGUGCUGGUUAGGACUCCCAAGACUUUUGAUAAGGCUCAGCAUGUCUGCAGGAGAUGCUACCGAGGCAAUCUUGCAUCCAUCCAUAGCUACAGUUUCAACUACCAAAUCCUGCUUCGCCAGAAGAUCAAUCAGUCCCGCAUCUGGAUUGGAGGCAUCCUUAAGGGCUGGUUCUUCUGGAAGAAGUUCUGCUGAACUGAUGGGAGCUGUUGGGAUUUUGGAUACUGGGCCCCAGGGCAGCCUGGGAAUGGGGGAGGACACUGUGUGACUCUAGGCACCACAGGGGGCCAUUGGUGAAGAGCUUCCUACAAUCGCUGCCUGCCUUUCAUCUGCUCCUUCUAA